AGAACGAUUUUUUUCAGAUGCUAUUAUGUCUCAAAUUUGAGCAAAUGUGACUGGCUUUAGGGGCGGCUUCCAAAUUCAAAAUGCUCUGACUUUCCCUUUUAGUUUCGGCCUUGUUUCCGAAAUAAUUCCAAACAAUCAGGUUUCGGGUUUCGACGAAUCUAACACUGGUCAACUCUUAAGCUUGUCGAUAAAAUGCCGGAAAAACAAGUGUCAGCUGCUCUGAGCGAAAAUGGUGACACCCCAGAACGGACCAUGUUGAAUUUAAAAGAAGCCGAAGUAGUUAAGAUUAUUCUGGAGUUCCUAAAUGCGAGAGGAUUUCACAUUACGAUGCGAGCUCUAGAAAGGGAAAGUGGCCUGGUCAAUGGGCUGUUUUCGGACGAUGUGCUGUUUUUGAGACACCUGGUGUUAGAUGGCCAAUGGGAGGAUGUGCUACAGUUUAUUCAGCCUCUGGAGACUGCUAGUGAAGAGAGAUAUAACUAUUGUCGUUUCGUCAUCCUUCGCGAACGGUACCUAGAGAUGCUAUGCAUGAAAAACGAAAAGGAUCUAGUCGGGGGCGGCCUGGGAGGCACUCAGGGAUCGCAAUCAUUCCUCGAGGAGUUCAACAUCGACGAAGUGGUGGCUUGUCUCCACAGUAUGGAACGAAUUUGUCCCUCUAGGGAAGAGUACAACUCACUCUGUCUGCUUCUGACUGUCCAGAAACUGUCAGAUCAUCCUGAUUUCAAAAAUUGGAAUCCUAGCUCGGCAAGGUUGCAGUGCUUUGACUUGUUGCGACCGGUAGUCGAGAAAAUUCUCCCAGCUGAUUCGAAUCUCUCCUUAGAAGAUUUCACGGCCUCCCAGGACCGAUUGAUGCAAAUUGUAGUUCAUGGAUUGAUGUACGAAUCAUGUCUGGACUACUGUCAGAGCAAAGCAGUCGCAACUCCAGUUGAUAUGAAACAGAGUAGAGACUCCUCUUCUAUGCCGGAGAAGCAGUCCACAGUGAAACCAGCAGAUGUUUUUGCAGGUGUGAACGUUCUUCGCAGCAGUCUCCACUCGGAAGGAGACCCGAGUCUCAUCUCUUGGCUGGACGAGUGUGUUCCUCAACAGGUGUUCAGUGCCCCCUUCGAGCAGAGAGACCUAACUGUGAAUGUGGGCAAGAUUGUAAAGCCACCCACUGCUAGUUGGUUCGAACAGAUAUUGUUGACUCCCACCCCGGCCCAGUUGACACCGGGUUUCACGAAAAGUUUUCCCAGUCCAAUCACAAGGUUCAACUCUGCGAGACCCAAAACAGCAGAUAAACUCUCCAUGUCAAUAGACGUAUGCAAUCUAGCUCCCCUAGAUUACCACAGGUCCGGUGUGCCAGGGCAGCAUCCAAACAUUCAGUACCUCAUGCCACACUCGAGUGCACCAGCGAGAGAUGUGUCUAAAUCCUAUGCUCACUUCAGCUACAAGCCACUACAUUCGACGAUAGAAGAAGACAACGAGGAGGCUUCAAACACUCCAAGCUACGCGCCGCCUGGAGACAGUGCAAUAAUGAACAGCAAUUUUGAAACGCCAAGAAACACAAAAUGGAGAGAUAUGAACCAGAGUGGGCUCAAAGUUGGACAGUCCAGUUUCCAAGUUAGAGCCAGUACUUCCAUGGCGCCAAAUCACAACCAAAGCCAAACUAGUUCAAAUCAAUCAGCCAUUGACUGCUCUUUUGAGCGACUGAAUCUCAAUGUGGAUCGGAACAACUCGAUUGCAGAUGAUUCGUUAAGACAUGCAAACAGUGAAGGUAAAAAUAGGAAUCGACAACCGAAUAUGGGAACUAGAGAGGGUCUUCUGAGACGAGAGUUUACGGAGAUGGAUUCACAAGUUACACCUACGAAGAGCCAAAAUAUGCAGAUGAGCACUCCUAAACCUGGUCUAAGUGGAAGUGUGCCGAGAGUGCGACAAUCUAACAAUGAGCCACAGAGAUCACAGUCAUCACUCUCACAGACUGAACAACAACAGCAGAAGAGACUCAGUGGAGAAAUAAACUACCAAGAUCACAGAAAUAAUAGCAAUGUAGUUCUGGGUGGUGGCGACAACUGGCCAUCCGAAAGAGAUACAACCAACGAUCUCUCAUUCACGAAGAGUGUAGUUUUAAAUGAUGUACAAGCAGUGAGGAGUGUGGCGUUCCACCCCAAUGGAGUGGGGUAUGCUGUGGGUGCCAACACUAAGGUGCUAAGAGUGUUCCCCUCCCCAAAUAACUCAACGUUCAUCAACUUCAACUCAGCAGCCUACCCGGAGAAGCAGCAGUCAGCUAAGCCGCCAGUGAAGCCUCUCUGGUCCAAGAAGGAUGUGCACAAGGGAUCCAUCUACUGUGUGGACUGGAGUCUAGGAGGGGAGUUGAUUGCGACUGGGUCCAAUGACAAGAUGAUCAAAAUCAUACCUGUGGACCCCAUCACACAGCAGCUCAGAGGAGGCUGCUCGGAGAUUGAGUUGGCCAUGCACGACGGCACAGUGCGUGAUGUGGUCUUCACCUCUUCGGGCAGUGGAGUCAUUUUGGGCUCCCCUCUCCUGGUGUCUGGGGGAGCAGGAGACUGCAACAUCUAUGUCACAGACUGCCAACAGGCCAAAGCCAUGCACGCAUUCGCUGGUCACUCAGGUCCUAUACUGAGCCUGUUCUCGUAUGGAACUCACAAUCUGUGCAGUGGCUCCCAGGACAAGACAGUACGUCUGUGGGACAUCAGGAGUGGCAAGUGCACACACGUCAUCAACACUGACAUUCCCUCGCUAGCAUUAGCAGCCUCUCCGGCUUGUGCAGUCUCGGUCAAUGGCGCCGGAACUCUGCUGGCCUUUGGAACCGAGGAUGCCAAAGUGGUGCUACUGGACAUCAGGAGGGCUCAGUUUCCUCAUCUGGCUACUUUGGAUUGCCACUCGAGUGACGUCAGAUCAGUGCGAUUCGCGCCCUCUAAUCCAAACUAUCUUCUCACUGGGUCUUACGACUCAAAAUUGGCUGUGACCUAUUGCGGAGGCUCCACCCACCAGAGUGUAAUAGUGGGCAAACAUGAGGACAAAGUGAUCCAGUGUCGCUGGAACCCCUCUGACUUGACCUUCGUCUCCACCAGUGCCGACAGAUCUGCAUGCUACUGGACACUAGAGAGUAACUACAGAGGAUGAAGUGCGAACGAAACGGACAAAACAAAAACGACUUAUGUUUGAAUGAGCGAGCUAUAGUUGAAAGAGGCAAAUUGUUGAAAGAGGCAGAAAGAGACAAAGUUGAUUUAAAAGAGCAAGAGAUCAAUUGAAAAAAGUUCGGUAAACUGUGA